UAUGGCAGCAAGUGAUUUGUUGGCUGCGCGGAGGAAGGUGUUAAACGUGUGGACCAUGAAGCGACGGGCAGCAAUAAUGAGGGAGCCAGAGCAGGAUAUUAAAAGUUGACCACAGUUUCUCUUUGUUCCCCUUUGUGGAGCCUGCGGCAGUGUUUCCUGAGCUGAAGGUGCAUUCAGCUACUGUCGUUCUCCUCUCCCUCGGGCUUGCUUUCUCCUCUUUGUUCCUCCGGACCCGCUUUAACCUGGCAAGGUGGUUUAUAAUGUGACGCUUUACAGCUCUGUCGGUGUGGGAGGCUGAUCGCUGUGAACAGAUAGGAUUACUAUAAAAGGGAGGGACUAUCAGAGAGAGAGAGAGUUUCCUGUCUACGUGAACUGCCUGAACUCAAACCCUGCAGUAAACUCUAGUCAGUCCGCAAGAUGCAGACGUGUUAAACUGCUCUCUUACCUUCUAGAGAGAGGGAGCUGCAUUACCCUGUGUUCUGGAACAGUAUCUUAGUGCGUUUAUCUGGCCGCUUUUGUGGAGAUGAUUCUUUUUACCCUCUCCGUUCUGGUGCUAACACUUCAGCCGCAUCUGAUUCCAGCAGGUAAUUCAGAGCUGCUUGCUGCAGACUUGGCUGGAUCAGAGAUGGAGCACGAUCAGGGACUAGGGGAGGUCCACCCAUCUCUACACAGAGAGAAACGCUGUUCCUGCAGCAACAUGCAAGAUACAGAAUGUGUUUACUUCUGCCAUGUAGGCAUUGUUUGGGUCAACACACCAGGGCAGGUUGUUCCAUACGGUCUGGGGAAUCCUCUGAAACUUCGAAAGCGGGAACUGACUCGAUGUUUCUGCACCAAAGGCAAAGAUGCAAAGUGCAGGGCCUUCUGCCAGUCACCGAUCAGAGUGCCGAGCAGCAGUCACAUUGGAGACGUGGGCGUUGGAAUUCCCAAGAAAGCAGCUGGGAAGAGCACGAGGAUAGCACCAAGCCAGGAGGGACAAAGAGCGGCACCGCAGGUGUUGGAAAGCUAGGGGAGAAGCGAUGUGGCGAUUGGAAAGGCCUGGGGCAGGGGAUGGGGUUGGGAGGGAGUAGCAGGGGUAUUUUACACCAAAGCAGCAACCUAAAAGAUGCAGCUCGGGCAUGGGGAACACCCAACCCUUCCCUAACCUCCUCGCCUCACUGCCAGGAUGGACUUCAGCACUCUAUGGAUGGCAUUUUAGACAAUGAUAUAGCAAUACUCUGUGCCCAGAAUGGACGGGCACAGUAAAGACUCUCUCCUCCGUACUCCUCAUGGCCAGAGCAUUAUGAUUAGAUAUGUGCUCUGGACAUCUCUUCCAAAGUGCAGAGCAAACCUCAGUACAGCACCACAAUCCAACAAGGGCCUUCACAGCACAAUGUGAGGACCAUAAACACCAUGUACUUCAAAGCUGGCAUAUACCAAGGGUGCACCAUCACCUGGUGAUGAAAGAAAUCCAUAAUAUGCAUCCUGCUAAGCCAUCAACUGGAGUGAAGUUUAGCCUAUAGACUCUCUUGCAAACUGCCUUGGGGAAUUGCACUAAGUUACAGGUCAGUUACAUCCAUUAUGACUUGGCUCAAUACACCCUGAGCUUGCUUACAGCACAGGGGUUAUGGCUUUCAAAAGAGGUAAAUCUUUAAUUAAGUCUUCUUUUUAUCUAGUUAUAAGACAAUAUGUGUUUUCUUGUUAGCACAGUUUGGAUAUAAUGUGGUGUCACUUUUGGAACCCCACCAUGCAUACUAUGAUUGACUUCCACUGUCCUCUUGUAAUGUGCAAUUUCAGCGUACAGACAACUGAAAGAUCAUGAAGCAGGAUUCUUUAUUCCACUGACAUUGGGUCUUUGCAAACAUGAAGGGGAAGUAAAGUUCAGCAGAGUAUUUACAUGGAGUUAAGCCUGUAGUUUACAUCUGGGUGAAAAAAUCCUUUGACUGUCUCUCCGUGUCUCCAUAAGGCCCCUUUCUCCCAAAGGCACCGUUUCCUGAACAGAGGGUCUGCUUGACUGCAGGAGAUCCCCUGCUCCACACCCUCCAUCACUGCCAUCACCUGCUCCUGGGGUUUGAUGACACAGUGUAAAGAAGUGAGUUGUCAUUAUCAUUAAUCCAUCCUGACAGUUGUAAACUCAACCCUACUGCUCAUUUCCGAGAAGACACUAUCAUACCCUCCAAGUAGGUUGUGGAGACGGGUCAGUUUUUGUGUUUUUUUCCAACAGUUUUGAUUUUCACCACUUUCUAAACACAUAUAUUUGCACAAAAGUGCACGCGCGUACACACGCACAUGCACGCGCGGACACACGCACACACACACGUGGGCACACAGACUCACAAAUGCACACAACACACACAUACACACAUGCACACACAAUGCACAAACAGAUGCAGACACACACAGGUACAGACAUAGAACAUAGAACAGUACAGCACAGUACAGGCCCUUCGGCCCACGAUGCCCUGGGAACAAGUCUCUGGCUAACCACUCUGUCCACGCCUCUCAUCAUUUUGUAUACCUCUAUCAAAUCACCUCUCAUCUUUCUUCAAUCUGAUGAGAAAAGCCCUAGCUCCCUCAACCUUUCCGCAUCCUCCUGGUAAAUCUCCUGUGCACCCUCUCUAAAGCUUCCACAUCUUUCCUAUAAUGAGGUGACCAGAACUAAACACAAUAUUCCAAGUAUUGGUUGAACCAGAGUUUUAUAGAGCUGCAGCAUAACCUUGUCCCUGUUAAACUCAAUUCCCCUGCCAGUGAAAGCCAACAUGCCAUAUGCCACCUUUACAACCCUAGCGACUUGGGUAGCAACUUUGAGGGAUCUAUGGACGUGGACCCCCAAGAUCCCUCAGUUCCUCCGCACUGCCGAGAAUCCUGCCAUUAACCCUGUAUUUUGCAUUCAAAUUCAACCUUCCAAAAUGAAGACACAUGCACGCACAGGCAUACACAUAGACACACACACGUGCGCAAAUACACAAACACACACACAGAUACACAUGCAAACAGACACACACAAGAGGCUGCUUUCUGAUUGUUGACGUCCCACUGAAGCCUGACUGAGGGCGAAGAUGUUAUUGAGAAAUCCUGGGUUGGGGAUUUUAUUGUCUUCAUUCACAACUGGCCAAAUAUGGCGUACCAUUCCACCACCAUCAUCGUGCCUACUGCUGCUUAUCAAGUUAAUUCAAGGUGAGGUUAUGACAGGCCCUAAAUUGUAGAUGCAAAUUUCAUUAUAUAGGCCCCAUUGAGAAUGACCCACAUGUUCCAUUCUAAGUCAUGCAUCAUCAUGACUUGGAAAUGUAUCGCCAUUCCUUCACUGUUCCGGAUUAAUAUCCGCAAGAAAUUAUAGAGAGUUGUGAACACAGGUCAGUCUGUCACGCAGACCAACCUUCCAUUCAUUGACUCCAUCUACACUUCCUGCUGCUUUGGGAAAGCGGCUAACGUCAUCAAAGACCCCUCCCACCCCUGUUAUUACUCUUGUACUGCUCCUCUUCUCUGAGGCAGAAGAAACAAAAGUUAGAAAAGAUGUACAACAGAUCAAAGGACAGCUUUUUCCCCGCUGUUACCAGAGUUUUGAACAGACUUCCCGUAUAUUAAAGUUAAUUGCCAUCUGUACCUUCUCUGUAGCUGUGACACUAUAUUCUGCAUCCUGUUCUAUUUCCCUGAUGUUCUUAUGUAAGGUAUGAUCUGGCUCAGCCAAUGACACCCACGUCUGACUAAUCAGUCAGAUUUUGAAAUGACAUAAGGGUGCCAUUUUGCAUAAAAUGUUUGUACUACUUUAAUAUAAACCAUGUGCCAUCCUAAUUCAUUGAUAAUCCCUCAAGGGGAACAGAAUUGAGUUUAAGAGAAGUUGAAACUACUUUGGGGGAGAGCUGUAUCAUGUUUCACAGCUUACAAUUCAGGAUAAAGAAUGUCAUUUUCUGCGAAGUGUUUCGGGAUGUCCUGAGUUGUAAUCGGCUCUAUGUACAUUCAAAUCUUUCUAUCAAUGUAAAGUAGAAUCCUUCAUGUCGUUAGCUGUCCUGCUGGGUGAGAUUCCUCUUGCUAACAAGUAUCAUGGGCCAAACCCAGGAACAUUCUCAGUCCUUGUGAUUCAGUUGCCCGAGGUGUGACGUCAAAACCUCAUGGAACCCAGCAGCCCAGAUGGAGCCAUUCAAUGGGACAUCAGGGCAUUGUAAGGGAGUCAAGGGUGUUAUUUGUGUCUUUGGAAAUGUACAACAUCACUUGUUUGUCGGCCUUUCCUGUCCCCCCAAUACUCCCCAUCCCCCCCAUACACCAUGGGUGACAUGUGUCCUAGACAGAUAGGUAUUGAGCUGGGAGGGGAUGCUGAGAGGGGUGGAGGGGUGAUGGUUAAACAAGGGCAAUAAGGGCACCACCUCCAAAGGCAUUGAGCAUCAUUGGGUGAACUGAAGAAGGGUCCAGACCCGAAAUGUCAGCUUUCCUGCUCCUCUGAUGCUGCGUGGCCUGCUGUGUUCAUCCAGCUCCACACCUUGUUAUCUCAGAUUCUCCAGCAUCUGCAGUUCCUACUAUCACUUUGGAUGAGCUCCUUGUCUUUGGUGGCAAGUGUCUGACUGAGAAUCAAAGGGUUUUGUAAUGGGGCAGCUUUUAAUUAUUAAGCGGACAUCUUCCGAGCUAAAUACCCUACCACUAGAAGCCACAUACCAACUUAUAGGGCAAGUCAGUAAUGCUAUGAAACCACUGUUUACAAUGCAAACUUAUCUUAUUUGUACAAAGCCUUUUUUUCCAUCGUACUUGUUUAUUAUAUUUGUAAUUCUUAUAUGAA